ACAGAGUGACACGCAAAUUGAGACGAGGGAAAACAAUGCCGCCGGCCGCCAAGUCAGCGUUAGUCCUGUGCAUGGACGUGGGGUCUUACAUGUCCAGCUCCGACCAGGAACCUCCCUUCGAGCAGGCCAAGAAGGUCGUUCAGAAGUUCGUUCAGCGUCAGGUGUUUGCAGAGAAUAAGGAUGAGUUGGGAUUGGUGUUAUUCGGCACAGAAACUACAGACAACCAACUGGACCAUGAUGGCCAGUACCAGAACAUCACCGUCCAUCGCAAGUUAAUGAUUCCAGACUUUAAGCUUCUGGAGGAAAUUGAGCAUCAGAUCCAUCCUCAAAGCCAACAGGCUGAUUGGCUGGACGCUCUUGUUGUCUCCAUGGAUCUCAUUCAAAAGGAAUUACCAAUGAAGAAGUACGAGCGUCUAAGCAUCGCCAUCCUCACUGACCUCAACACCCAGGCCAACCCAGAGCAGCUGGACGUCAUCAUCAGCAACCUCACCGGCGCUGGCAUCACACUGCAGUUCUUCUUACCAUUCCAGGUCCUGGAAGAGGAGGAGGAGGAGGAGGAGGAAGGAGAUGAGGGUGGAGGAGACGGGGUGAGUGGGGGCGCAGGCCGGUCGGGGUGUGUGAAGGGCCUGUCCCAGGAGCAGCAGAAGGGCCUGGAGAUCCUGAAGGAGGUGAUGUUCACCCUGGACGAGGAGGACGGCUUGGACCAGGUCUACACGUUCAGCGGGGCCAUAAGGAAGCUGUCCAUGUUCAAGAAUAUUGAGAAGAGACCCAUGGCGUGGCCCUGUCAGCUGACCAUCGGCAGCACCGUGGCCAUCCGCAUCGUGGGGUACAAGGCUGUGACUGACGAGAAGCUGAAGAAGAUGUGGACCACGGUGGACGCGCAGAGCGGCCAGCGGGAAGACGUGAAGAGAGAGACGGUGUACUGCCUGGACGACGACAACGAGACGGAGGUGCAGAAAGACGACACCAUUCAGGGUUUCCGUUAUGGAAGUGACAUUGUUCCCUUCUCCAAAGUGGACCAGGAGCAGAUGAAAUACAAGCAUGACGGCAAGUGCUUCGCUGUUCUGGGCUUCGCCAAACAAAACACGGUCCACCGCCACCAGUUCAUGGGGAAUCAGGCCAUGAAGGUGUUCGCCCCCAAGGAUGACGAGCACGCGGGUGUGGCGCUGUCCUCCCUGAUCCGCGCGCUGGACGAGCUCAAGAUGGUGGCCAUCGUGCGCUACACCUACGACCGACGCUCCAACCCGCAGGUGGGGGCGGCAUUCCCCUGCAUCAAAAGGAAGUACGAGUGUCUGGUCUACGUCCAGCUGCCCUUCAUGGAGGACCUGCGCCAGUUCACAUUCCCCUCCCUGGAGAACAAGAAGUCCAAGCCCUCGGAGAGCCAGCUGUCUGCGGUGGAUUCCCUGAUUGACUCCAUGAUGCUGGUGAAGGAGGACGAGAUGGGAGAAGAGGUGGACCUGUUCAAGGUUCACCACCUGCCCAACCCCUCCUUCCAGAGGCACUUCCAGUGUCUGCACCACCGUGCGGUGCACCCUGACUCCCCGCUGCCCUCCAUCGAGCCCUGGCUGCAGGCAGCUCUCCAGCGCCCCCUAGCGGUGGCAGCGUGCUGCCAGGCGCCGCUGGAGGAGCUGAAGAAGAGCUUCCCCCUGAAGCAGGUGGAGAAGAAGAAGCAAUUGAAGACCAGCUCCCAGAUCUUUGGCAGAGGGCCAGAGGAGCCUGAUGCCAAGAGGAGCCGGGAGGAUGAGAAGGACUUCAACCUGGCAGACAUCUCAGAAGGAACCGUGACCUCGGUGGGCAGUGUGACCCCCGCCAGAGACUACCGCUGUCUGGUGAAGUUGAAGAGCCUCCCAUUCGGAGAGGCCUGCCAGCAGCUGACUCACCGGAUAGAACAGUUGCUGGGUAACAAGAAAACAGCCUACUACAUGAAGUGCAUCACCUGCGUCCAGGCCUUCCGAGAGGAGUCGGUGAAGCUGGGGAACGCUGACCUGUACAACGGCUACCUCCAGUCGCUGAAGAGGAGCAUUCCCUCCAGAGGUCUGGCCAUCUUCUGGGACCUGCUGGUUCAAGACGCCAUCACUCUGAUCAGCAAAGACGAGGUGGAAGGAAGCACUUUCUCCAAACAAGAAGCCCAGCAGUUCCUGGUCGCCCAGGAGCGGAGGGAGGCUGCGGACGUGGCUCCUGCAGUGGAGGACCCCGGGGACGUGGAUGACCUGGUAAGGGGCCCGGACAGACACCUCUCUCACGCUACCAGCAGGGGCCUUAGAAAACCAACCUCCAUGCUCGUAUUUGACGGGUCAUGUUACUACGCCUUGUGCAGACAUUCAUUCAUUCAUUCAGUGAUGACCCCUAAGAGAUGUGUUUCCUCUGUUCCCAUGCAGCUGGACAUGAUGUGAGAGCAGGACGAGGGCUGGGCCUUUUAAAGUGCCUCACGGAGGAAUGCGGAGAAGGUGGAUCUCCAGCCCCUCCCAGCCGUCCCCCAACCCAACCCCGAGACCCAGACUAGGCUUUAGAUGCUCGGAGUCAAGGCUCAUUCCAAGCCACUGCACUACUAGUGCUGUUGGCAUCAUCUUCUUUGUUUGUAUCUUUUUGAUGUUGAAAUGUCUGCUUGAUCCUAAUUCUUUUUGGUGUGUUUUGGCCUAUUUCUCGAGGCAUAAAGAUUCUCAAUGUUGAAGGUGUGGAGUGAGUUGUAUCUUUUAAUGUUUCCCCAUUAAAACUUGUUCAGAACUCAAAACAGGAAAAGGGCGCAACUUGGGUCUAGCACAUGGUUUAUGGCGAUCAGUUAAGCGUAAAAGUGAAAUCGGUGCCUUAGGUGAUUGGCGCUUAAAGUGUCUGAAAAGAAGGGCUCUAACAAAGAGAUGUGCUUGCCGUUUGAAACCACUGGAGCACUAUAAUAAAGAUAAAAGAGACAUACUCAUUCCCUGAGUGUAUAGCAGGGCCCCUAGUGAGCAUGUUUCCUCUCUACAAUGCUAGAUUAACAGUAGCAGCAGUACAUGAGCCCGUGGAUCCCUCAGCAGAUCCACUGGAUGAAGCGGCUGAAGAAGCCGGGCUCAGAGAGGUCGGAGGGCUUGAAGACGGCCUCCUGGUCGCCCAUGGCCAGGGUCACCAGGACGUCCUGGUCCACGUCACUCCCUGUGGCGAUCACCGUGGAGACCACCUGCGCACGGCGCAUGGCGCUCAAGGCCUCGUCAAGGUUCUGUGUGUCCGUCACGCCGUCGGUGAGGAACACGAAGGACAGUUCGCUGUUGCGCCGGCUCUGGCGUACCCCACCGCUCGACAGGACAUUGUUGAUGGCGUGCAGGAUGGCGGGUGUCACGCUCGAGGCGGUCUCCAGGUAAGGCAUGCGGGCCACGCCGUCGGAGAUGAGGGCGGGGUUGUGCGUGAGCCGGAAGGCGGUGUGGU